AAAGGACUGAAAUAAAUUGUUGAAUAAUUUAGUGUAAAUAUUCAUACAUACAAAGUGAAGUAUUAAAAUAAAAAUAAUAUAAAAAGUAAUAAUAUAAAAGUGAUAAUUGUUUAUGAAAAAGACCAACAACUUAAAGAACGGCUGUAUAUAUUACAAGUACCAAAUAGUAAUUUUCCUUCAACACGUGUUGUGUAAUCUGCUGUGCAAAUGUAUCCGUGAGUGUGUCCCUUCACUACGGUUCUUUACUCAAACCAAAAGUUACAACACAGUUAUAGGAUAGUGUUGUGGUACAUUCACCUACACAUUUUCCACUUACCUACGAACUUCACAAAUAUAGAUGCCAACAAUAGAUGUGGUUGUUGUAAUCGCAGUGGGCAACGUCUCUGACCGACCGGGGACUCCAUCAGCCAAUUAACAGCGUUAGUAAGAGUGUAGCUAGUCAUAUGCCAGUUACCCGAGCAAACAAACAAACACCACACACACACACAUUGCAACAAGCACCAACACGAAAGCCAAUAAAGAAAAUCGGCAAACCAAGGUGUCCAACCAAGACUCGCUAGGCGCUCACUACCGGCACAAUUCGAAAUCGUCGCUGCAGCAGCAACCGACCACUGCGGUGGCAGGGACACACAUUCAUCAGCCAAGUGCGCCCCGAUUGGUACGGAUUCACUCGUAUCCUCAGCUAGCUGUCAGUACUGUUUCACGGUUGUGCUGCGGUGGUUUCUAUUCUCUUGACUGUUUCGAAAGCUACAAGCUUUGAUUCUUCCGUUUCAUUUUAUGCUUAAGUUGUUUUGCUUAAGGAUGCUUUUUAAAACAUUUAUUUGCAUAUUUAUUACAAGUUUUGUGUUGUUAAAUUAAGAGCGAAUCGUCCACGUAUACCACAUACAAAAAAAAAAAAAAAAACAGCAAAUAAUUUGAUAAACAAGUGUUGCCGCUUGGAAAAAAACUGUGAAUAAGUGCAAAAACGUGAAGGAAACUGAGAAAUUAAAUACAAAUACAAAGGACUGAGUGCAAUUAUAAUAUCCGUAACAAGGAGUUUUUGAAAAACUUGUUCAACGUUUGAAAGGAAAAAAGGAAUGCGCAUUAUUUUUCAUUCACCGAGAAAUUUACAAGGAACAACAACGCGACACACAAACGCUUUGUAAUUUCGCAAUUUUUCUAGAAAUUGUUGAGACGCAUCUGUAUGACUUUUAAACCUAAAAGGAUCCAAUUAAGAAACGUUUGCAGCUACAAAUUUUACACGGUGGCUAAUCAUAAUUUGUGCUAGCUAGCUUAGUCUGGCAUAAAUAAUUUAAUUUAACAACAAAUUUAUACUCCUCAACGUUAAAGGGUUGUGAGCGUAUCACAGCCAAAGAAAAAAGCCUACAAAUGAAGAUGGCAUCCCAAAGAUUUUGCCUACGAUGGAAUAACCAUCAAAGCAACUUAUUAUCUGUGUUCGAUCAGUUGCUACACGCUGAGACAUUUACGGAUGUCACGCUGGCCGUCGAUGGACAAUACUUAAAAGCACACAAGAUGGUUCUAUCUGCCUGUAGUCCGUAUUUUAAUGCGCUCUUCGUACACCAUCCCGAAAAGCAUCCAAUUGUCAUUUUAAAGGAUGUACCAUACUCCGACAUGAAAUCUCUGCUCGACUUUAUGUAUCGCGGUGAAGUUUCUGUGGAUCAGGAACGUCUUACUGCUUUCUUGCGUGUCGCCGAAUCAUUACGUAUUAAAGGUUUAACCGAAGUGAAUGAUGAUAAACCAUCACCGGUUGCGCCGACGCCACCACCACCACAACUGCAACGUAUUCAACCGUAUUUGGUACAACAACAGCAACAUCAACGUAGUAAAUCACAGAAUAGUCUAUUGGCUGGUUCAAACGCCGGUGGUGGUGGCAUGGCUGGUGCCCAAACAAUGGCUGGCGGCCAACAACAACAACAGUCGCUGUUGAGUUCAGCACUUGCAUCGAUGCCGAAAAGAAAACGUGGUAGGCCACGGAAAUUGUCGGGCAGCUCCAAUGGUACCGGAAAUGAUUAUGAUGAAUUUGAACGUGACGGCAUGAUGAAUGACUCUGAGAUGGGCGAUUGCAAAAUGGGCGAUUCUUAUUCGGGCAAUGAUGAUGCUUCAGAUGACAAUCAACGUGACGGCGGCGAUAUGCGCGAUCCAAGCGAGAGCCGAGACUCUGUUUCCCACAGUAAGAAAUUCAAAUCAAAAGACAACAAAUCUAAGCAAAAUGAAAAUGAUAACAGCACCUCUGUGCAACUUAUAAAUGCAUCGCCCGAAUUAUCACAAAGACUCUUUGGCUUGAUGAAACCAGCAGUUACUGUCCAACCGCAACAGCAACAACCAGCACAAAAGGAUGCAAAUGAAUCUGUCGUCACACAAACAUCGCUGCUACAAUUUAAUGAACCACAAGAGGUGGCAACGCAUCUGCCCACUGCUUUGGGACUGAAAGUACGUAAUGCACUGCAAUUAACUGCUUCACCGCUACAACAACAGCAGCAACAGCAGAGUAGCACUCAGAACUCCAAUUCACUGUUGAAGCAGCAAUUGCGCGCUGGUUUAAAGGAAAUAUCGAAUAAUGCAUCAAACGAAGCAAUGGCCACUAGUAGCGCCGAUUUUAGCUGUUCGGCACUACAAUCGCUGGCAAGUGUCGCCGAACGUCAAACGCCGAAUGCAAUACAGCCACCGUCUGCCAAUAAUUUGCACCACCAGUUCUUGUUACACAUGGCCGCGAACCCGAUGCUAAAGCCCACUGCUGAUUUCUUUCGACAGCCACAACAGCAAGAACAAACAACCACGCAAGAGCAACAGCAAUCACAAGGCAAACAGUCGCAAACACAAUCCCAACUGCUGCAACAUACAGCAGCCGCACAGCCCACACAAUUACUCGAGCAAGAAUUGCAACGUGAAGACAGCAUGUCGCCCACAAAUAUGGAUCUCAUACUCGAUCAAACUGAUAAAUCGGAGCCGGAAUUAACGUUAGCGGAUGAAACGGCCGGUCUAGAAUACAAAAACAAUGACAUAUCGCAUGAAAACAACGAUGAUGCUGUCGCUAUAACAACAAUAACAAUCGGCGAUGGACCUGAUAAUGAGACCGUGAGCGCACAUACCACCACAACAGCAACAAAUGCGCGUACAGGCGCCACAACACGUCGUCCGGCGCAGCGACGGCGCAUACGACGAAAAGCACAAUCCACAAUCGACGAUCAAGCCGAGCACUUGACAGAGAUGUCGGUCCGUGGACUCGAUCUGUUCCGUUAUGCACGCAUCAAUGAGGGCGUCUACCAGUGCACCGAGUGUGCUAAAGAGGAUUUGCAAAAGACUUUCAAGAACAAAUACAGCUUCCAGCGGCAUGCCUUUCUGUAUCACGAGGGUAAGGUGCGCAAGGUGUUUCCUUGCACGUUGUGUGGCAAGGAGUUUUCACGUCCGGAUAAGAUGAAAAAUCAUCUAAAGAUGGCGCAUGAGAAUUUCGUUGCACGCGACACCAGUAGCUUUAAUCCACUAAACUAUUUAAUAACGGCGGCAACGGCCGAAGAAAUGCAAACAGCUAUAUUUACCGCAAGCGCCGCAGCGCAACAACAGCAACAGCAGCAGCAACAACAACAAAGAGCAAUCGGUCAGGAGGAUUACUUGGGCAAUGGUGUUAGUACUGUCAAUACAACGCCGCGGGAUCGUGGCAAUUCGCGGUCGACAUCGCCAAACGCAGCAGCGGCCCUGCUGAAAUCGCAGAAUGAAUUGACCAUCAAGAACGAGAUUGUGAUCUCACCUUCACCCUCUCCCGAACCAAUCAUGUCCGUGCCAAGAAAUGGCACAGCGCCAUCGGCACUUGCUGUAGUAACAAAAUCGACAAAUAUGUCCGUUUUGCAGGCGAAACGCAUAACGCAAAGACUGGAAGAGAUUGGGAAUACAAAAAAUUAAAUUGGGCUAUAAAAUUGUAUGUUUUUUUACACAUAUUAUUUAUUUUUAAACCAAAUUUUAUAUUAUUAGCAAAUUUUCCGGAUAAUGUUUGUUAUUUGUGAUCUUUUCUCAAGCUACUUGAAACUUACUUAAUAUUAUGUAUUUUUAUUUAACUUUAUUAUUUGUAAAUAUUAUUUUUCAAAAAUGUAUUUAAGUUAAUACUCAACAGCUAAUAUCGCAUAUGUUUUACACAUAAAUAGAUUAAGUUAAAACGCAAGACUUAUGCUACAAAUUUUAUAGAUUUAUUUACGCCACGCUCAAUUGUGAAACAUGUAAAAAACACAUAUUUCAUUUUCAUCGAAAGUUAUAUGUACUAUUCACUGGAAGUUAUAUUUUAAAAGUUUUUUAGUAUGUAUGAUAAAAUAGAUGCUCAAGACUUUUUCCAGUGAUAGUUUUAUUAGCAAAAAGCUAGUUUCCAACUCACUUUCAAUUAAUUAGGCAAUUCAAGGCUUAAGCCAGCACGAAAAUAUCAAAAUGUAUCUACCUAUGUAAAUUAGAUUUAUUUAAUAUUGUAACUAAUCUUUGUCACCUAAUGUAGUUUAGGGCUGAGAAAUUGCAAGACUUUUGCAUACAUAAUAAAAAUAUAUGCCUUCAUACUUAUUUCAAGCAUACAUAA